UAAGGAAAAAAAAAAUCUUUGAAAUAAUUGAAAAAACCUGGGGUAUGCACACUUCUGACUGUAGAUAAAUCAGUGGAAAAAUCUGAAAAAAAGAGAACAAAAAAAGCACAAGUUCCCAUCUCUUCUGAUAACUUUGUGACAUUCCAGCCGGAGCGUCACCCAUGACUCUAAUUUGGUAAUAACCGACUUUGCGCCGGUAAUAAAACUGGAGAAAGACAAAGAAUCGCAUUGAUUUCAGGGAUGUGCAAAAACUUUGUGAAGAGCAACAUCUCUGAGUCAAACCCUGAGAUCUCUGAGGAGAGAACACGGAUCCACAAAGAAGAACGAAACCGCCUGCUCUUACCAUGAGGGUGUUUCUGUCUUCGAUUCUUGUGCUGGUAAUCCCCAUCAUUCGGGCUCAGGUUCCCCACUGGGGUCCAUGUCCAGAACCAGAAGUCCAGCCCGCCUUCAUCCUUAAACAGUUCAUGGGGAGAUGGUUUGAAAUUGCCAAGCUGCCGGCCCAGUUUGAGAAGGGCCGCUGCAUCGAGACCAAUUUCACUCUGACGACGGACAACUCCAUUCGAGUGGUCAGCUCGGAAAUACUAAAAGGAGAGGUGAGGAAAAUCGUGGGGACCGGAGUGAUAGAGGACCCAAAGAAUCCAGCUAAACUGGGAAUAACCUACUCCUACGUCCUCCCUUACUCCCCUUACUGGAUCCUAUCCACUGACUACGUGAACUUUGCCCUGGUGUACUCCUGCACGGACAUCCUCAGGCUCUUCCACGUGGACUUCGCCUGGAUCCUGGGCCGCACCCGCAGCCUGCCGGACGCCACCGUGGAGAAGGCCAGGGAGACCUUCGCCACCAACAACAUCGACGUGACCCGGAUGAUCCCCAGCAGGCAGCAGGGAUGUGACAAAACGCUCUGAGGCUGCGGCGGAAAAGCAACACAAGAUGGCGCCGUUGCUGGGGGAAAAAGAAAAAUGAGUGCAGAUAUUUUUUCUUUAUUUCUACAGAGAAGAGUUUUAAUAUUUUAUAGCAGUUGUAAUGAAUAGCGUAAUCUCAGCUGUUUGCUCGCUGAUUAAAGUACAUAAUCUGAUAUGAGAACGCUUUAUGUUCAUCUGGAAAAAUAUUUGCCAAAACAUUUUGCCUUUUUUAAUCAGACACAUCUCUUAUUAGACAAGCCUCAGUGGAGUAGAUUAAUUUUAUUAGAAGGAAACAGUUGGUUUUUUGGGGGGUUUUUUUCAGUGAAAACACAUGAUACUGAUUGCUCUAUUUGUCUCUCAAACUGCAAACACGAAGGAUCUCAUUAGUCCUGUUAGAGUUAGGAAAACAUGUGAUCUCUGUUGAUUUAGGGACAAAUUAACGUGAAGCAGUUUCCUGGGAUUAAUCACCUCGACCAGAUGCCAGCUUUGUUUUUGAUGACUGAUAUAAAACCUUCGUGGAAAAUGUAUCAAACUGCAGAAUAUGAUCUAUGGAAGCCUAAACAGUAAAAUGUACAACUUGGAACAGUCUUCAAUUAAACAAUUUGCACAAGAGAAUAAAAAUCUUUGUUUUGAAAGUAAACCCUAGGUUUCAAAACAGUUAAUAUUUGAUUAAAUAUUGAAUCUCAGAAAUUAAAUAAUUAAGCUUGCUGUAAUUUUGUUGCCACUAACUGCUGCUUUUUAUUUUUCAUUAUACACUUUUAAAACAAUGUGUUCAUGCUGACCAA